AUGGAUCAAUUAUGGGUCUUUGGAUCAACCAGCAACUUCACCAGCAGCAGCUCAGCAUUGUCAUCAUUAGCUUCAGCUGCUCUCAAUGGCUUUAACAUCUCAUCAUCAUCGCCAUCACUGCUCGACGACCUCGUCGUCGACAGCAGCAGCAGCAACACUGGCACCACCGACACUGACGAUGAUGACGACGACCUGAUGGAGCCCUUCGACAUGGCCACACACCGGAUGUUGUCGAGCGUGUCCGAGGUCUUCUUCCUGCUCAUUUGCGUCGUGGGACUCUGCGGCAAUUCCCUCGUCAUCUACGUCGUCCUUCGCUACUCGAAAAUGCAAACAGUGACCAACUUGUACAUCCUCAACUUGGCAGUGGCCGAUGAGUGUUUCCUCAUCGGACUUCCGUUCCUCUUCGUCACGAGCUACUUGAGGCACUGGCCCUUUGGGUUCAUCACGUGCAAGGUUUUCAUGACAACCACGGGCAUUAACCAGUUCACCAGCAGCGCCUUCCUCACGGUCAUGAGUGCUGACAGGUACGUUGCCAUUUGUCACGCCGUGAAAGGUCGGUCCAUCAGGACGCCCGUGGUAUCCCGAGUGGUCGCAUUCACCACCUGGAUGGUGUCUGCCGUCCUCAUGGCACCCCUGUUUAUGUACUCGUCCACCAGAGUGACCAACAAUGAAACCGGCACGACCACUUGCAGCGUGUUCCUGCCCGACGACGACCAAGGAAACACUUACCCCAUGAUCUUCACCCUUUAUAACUUCUCCGCGAGUUUUGUCAUUCCUCUGGUGCUCAUCAUCAUCUUCUACUCCCAGGUGAUUUUAACUCUGAGAAACACCAAGUCCAGGAGGAAGAAGACCCGGAAGAAGGUGACCCGCCUGGUGCUCACAGUCAUCAUCGCCUACAUGCUGUGCUGGCUCCCUUACUGGUUCGGACAGGUCCUGCUCCUGGUCCGCCUCCUGGACCUGUUCCCUGUCCCAGUGACCCACAUGACCCUAGUCAACUACAACAUCGUCGCAUCCAUCCCCAUGUACUGCAACUCCGCCAUCAACCCCAUCUUGUACGCAUUCUUGCGGCGGAGUGAGGAGUCGGAGGCCGACGACGACGGCGGCGGAUAUCAGCAGCAGCGGCGCCCCGAGGCGGCGGCCAUUGACAUGGUGGAGCUGAGGACGACGCGGUUGACGACGACGACUACUCAUGCUGUCGUCGUCGGCACCAACAGCCCGGUUUCCAUUUUGCUUUGA